GUUGAGAGGAGGUUAAUGAGGCAGAGAGUUUUCCCCAGACUGAGGGAAUACUGCAGAUCCACAUACGGACUCGACUUCAGAGUUAUUGACCCGUAUGAAGCCACAGAUCCCAAAAACUGGCCUACGCAGCAGGAGCGACUGCAGAUACUGGAGAACUGCUGGAAUAAUUCUCUACAUUCGUUCUUUGUGGGGUUGGUGGGUGAACAAUAUGGAGAUGCUUGUUUACCUGAGCAGGUCGAGGCCUCAGAGUUCCAGCAUAUUCUCCAGGUAUGCCAGCGCAUGGGCUUUAAAACUGACGUUCUGGAGAAAUGCUACCGGAGAGAUGAAAAUACCAUUCCUCCCUCAUUCUGUAUACUUGAGCCUUCAGGACAAUGUAAACAAACCAGUGUCCAGCAAGAGAAUCCAACUGAGGAGAAAAACUGGUGCAAGGUUUUUCCAGAGGUGAGGAGGAUCCUCCAUGAUGCUGUGAACCAGUGUAUUCAGGAGGGGACUAUGACACAUGACAAAGCACAAAAAUAUUUCCUGUCAGCUCUAGAAAACGACCUCCGUUAUGCAUAUGAAGGGCAUUCCAGUGAGGAUAUUGCAAGAUGUGUCUGCUAUGUUCAUAAAAUAACUGUCCCAAUGAAGGAAAACACAAUCCCCCCAGAGAAAGAAGACCAGUUGCACCGACUAUCCCAGCUCCGAGAUCACUUUCUGCCUAGCUUGGUUGCAUCACAUAAAGCUGUGGUGUAUUGCACCACCACAAAAUGCAAUCGUCUGCAAUGUUACACAUCUGAGAUGAGGCUGGACUUUGGUGUUGGUCUGUGUGAGCAGCUAAACGUGGAUCUUAAGAGACUCAUUGACCAUACUGUGUUAAACAAAAGGACUGUUACAGUUGAUAAAUUUGCAGAGAAAGAUCUGUGUCGGAUCUUUUCUUCUCUUUACAGAAUUGAACGGGCGGAAGUCGAACAUGUCAAAUCCUACCUAGAAGGAAAAAAUACUUUAUUUCCCUUCAUUCUUAAUGGUGGACCAUACUCAGGCAAAACUGUGCUUCUGGCUCACUGCGCAAGACAGGCAUCUGUAUGGUUGAAGAAUCUGGAUCCCGAGAUACAUGUCUACUUCAUAGAUGUCAACAACUCCCUCAGACAGCUGCUCAAAGACAUAUGUGAAAGAGUCGACUCAAGUAAUACCAAUAUCAGCAACAUCUUUCAGCUAAAAGAAAACUUUAAAAGACUCCUGACUUCGAGAUCACCAUCCAAGAAUCCUCUGGUGAUAAUCAUAGAUGGUCUUGACCAGCUGCCAAAGACUGAUGGACAACCAGACUUGACUUGCCUUCCUAAAGCAUUAGCUCCAAAUGUAAAGCUUCUUAUUUCUGUAUCUACAAACAAGCCUGCCUUUCUUGCUGCCCUGAAGAAGUAUUACCCAGAGUCAGCCCUAUUCUGUGAGUUGCGACAAGUAGAUACUAAAAGCUGUAACCAGCUACUAACGACACUUCUUCAGGAGUCCAACAGAAAAAUCACCUCUGGACAACAGGUAUAUGUAAAUGAGGCUUUAAAGAAAUGCACUGUCCCACUAUACAUGGAUCUUCUUUACAGACAGGCAGUCCGCUGGAACUCAGAGUUUGAGAUUACUGAGGAAACACUCGAUUUAGAGGUCCACAAUAACAUUGUUCUGAUGUUUGAUCAUAUGGAGAGGAAGCAUGGGAAAGCUUUAGUCUCCAAAGCAUUAAGCUAUCUUACCUUGGCCAGGUAUGGCAUGACUACAGCUGAGUUGACAGAUGUUCUGUCUUGUGAUGAUGAAGUUCUUGCAUCUUUUCUUCCACAAGACGAACUUGUACCAGCCACAUUCAGAGUCCCUGAAAUGUCUGUGGAAAGUCUUCUUUCAGACCUGACAGGAUUUCUAGUGCUGAGGAACAUUUUAGGCACACAAACUCUUUCUUGGGUAAACAGACACUUCCCUUUGGUUGUAUGCAAGCAGUACCUGUGCUCAGAGGAAAUGUGUCUAAAGAUACACCAUGUGUUGUCGGACUACUUCAGCGGCUCUUGGGCAAAUGGCACAAAAAAGCCUCUUAUAAUAACCAAAGACAUGCAAAUGCAAAGCUCCUCAGAUGUCCCACAGAAUACUUACAUUGACAGACAAGUACCUAGUCAACCUUGGAUCUUUUCCCAACCUUUCUAUGUCUCUACCCCCAUGCGUACACCAAGACAUCCCAAUUUGAGGAAACUCCACAGACUCUCUUUUCAUUUGCUGAAAAGUGGGAGAAUUGAGGAACUUGGCAACCAAAUGAUUUCUCAAGAAUAUCUCCAGGAAAUGUUACGAGCAAUGCUAGAUGAUGAACUGUAUUUGUGGCUUGAGAAGACAUCUCAGUUGAUUUUUCCCAGGGAACUUCAGCUCGUCCAGGUCAUCUUGAGAUCUUCAGCUUGUCUGCUAAAAAACAACCCUGCUGAUCUUCAAACAGUCUUGCAAGCCAAGCUCCUUCCUUUUCUGAGUGUCUUUCCUAGUUUAGAGGAGUGUGUGAAUCCUGCAAGAGUAGAAGGUAUGAGCUUAAAAUGUGGAAUGAGUACUGUGUUGCCUUCAGUUCCUUCAGUACCUUAUUCCCAAAGUACACUGCAAGAUUCAAUGGUUUCACAAAUCAUGCAGUCAGCUGGAUCGCACUGUGGUGCUGUGGUAGUUUUACUAGACAACAGGGCUGCUUGGGUUUGUAAUGUAGGUACAUGUGAAGGCUUUAAAUUAACCCAGUCCACUAAUCUAAAGUUCACAAGUGUCUGUAGCUCUGGGAACACAUUCCUUCUGAGCAGUUGUUGUGGUAAACUUGUCUUGUGGGAUGCAGUUGUUAAAACACAGCCUCUAGAAAUUAAAAUCCAACAUGCAGAAAACCAUGACAGCACAAUUCUUGAGGGUGUCUUGGCAUCGGGUGAAAAUUUAUUUGUGUGGUGGAGAGGACAAAACGUUGUUAAUGUAUUUGUUGAUAGGGAGGAGCGCACCCAACUGUGCUGCACUUAUGAAAUAACCUGUGUGUCAUGUUCCGGGGAAGGAAAUACCAUUUACUGUGGACAAAAUGAAGGUUCUGUGACAAUAUUCGACUGGCCCAAUGGACAGCUUCUGGCCACUUUCACUUGUCUGAAAAGUAUGCCGCUAAUUGUGAUUAUUCUUACUGAAAGUGAUGAGGCAAUAUCAUGUGUAGAUCAAGCAGGAGAUGUUUUUGCUUGGGAUCUUGAAAUGAUAACAGAACCAGUUCUGAUUUGCGAAAACCAUUGUAGAAUCCGGGGGGAGGUUUUGAACACAGAUUACAAAGGAGAAAACAUACUUCUCAUAUGCAAAAAGCAACAAAUUCAGCUCAUUGACCUCGAUCAAACUGAGAUACUCGAUCAGUUCAAUCCCCCAAGGGGCAAAACAUUUAAGCAAGCCAUAAUGGAUCAAAACUCACACUUCAUUCUUGCUUUGCUGUGCAAUUGCCCAUUUCUGCUGGUCUGGAAUUGUACCUCUGGACAGUGUGUGUUAAGUCUGGACACUGGGAACUGUCAAGAUAUUAAACUUCUGAAAUGUGGGACCACUUACUUGGCGGCAAUAACAAGUGUAGGUGUUCUUGUUUGGGACAUGGAUCUCAUUAGGGCUUCUGCGUUGGCACCAAAAUCUGGAAAAAGGGUGACGAUCAUCGUGGCUGUUGGAUCUCAUGGAGGAAGCUGUUAUUCGGCGGAUGGCUCCAAACAUGUGUGGAAGUGGGCAGUUUCAAGUGGCAAAGUAGAAGGUCGGUUUCUUCACCAAGGUUCUGUGAAGUCUAUGUGCAUCUCUGGAGAUGGAAACUACCUUGUAAGUGUUGCAGAUGGAGACAUAUAUGUCUGGGAGACCUGCAAUGGAGAAAAUACUUACAGAAUCUCUGGUAGCCAAGCAUAUAAGGUUCUAAUAACACCCAAGGGAAACUUUGGAGUUGCUAUGUCAGAGAAAGGUUCAGCAAGGGUGUGGAAACUACAAAGUGGACACAGUAUUUGCAGCAUUCAUCUUCAUCUCAGAAAUGCCAACAUUUCACCUGAAGGCACCUUCCUUUUAGGUGUUAACAAUGGAAAUCUCUUGGCUGCUAGCCUGUGGUCUGGUAAUGUAAACAAAUGCUUCUCGUGCUCAGACCAGUCAGAUGUGGUUGCUUUCCAUUCUGUGCUGGAUCAUCCGGAUUUUGUGAUUGUAGCUUUAGCUUCAGGUGCUUUGUACUCCUGGAAGUUAACUGAGGAUACGACUUGUCAUCAAAUCCAGCUGCCAGAUUCCUUGUUGUGCCAACCUGAAAUCUUUGGUUUCUCAUCAGAUGGGGGGUAUGCCAUCCUAUCCAUAUCUGAAUGCACAAUAAACAUUGUAAACUUCUCCAACAGCAAACUGUGUUCUUUGAGAACUGAAGGACAUGUUUUGCAAACCACUGUCGGUGUUUCUGGUCAAUAUGUGGUCUACGCGUGUUACUCUUCUCUAGUGUGCCGUAAUUUAUCCUGUGAUCUCCACGAGAAACCAAUGUUAGUAGCCGUACGUUUGACUGAUGGGGAAACCAUUGGAAGGUUUUAUUUGUGCAAGAUGCCCUCUGUUUUAGCCCUGUCCAAGGAUUUGAUUGUGUAUGUGGGGUUUGAGGAUGGUUCUGUUGGGGUUUAUGCUGUUAAUGACACCAGGGUGGGUAACAGCAGCUGGAAGGGUGAUACUCAAAGCCCAACACUUUUGCAUCCAUUAGAUGAACAAUUGAUUUGGUCACCUCUAUUGAAACCAAACCUUACAUGGAUUGAAUUGCCAUUAGAAUUGAUUUGAAUUGAUCCAGUGUGGACAGUUCUGGUUUUUGACA